GCGCUGCCCUCAGCGCGGAGCCUGCGCAGUGCGGCGGGGAGCGGCCUCCCUGCCCUGCCCUGCCCGGCCCUGCCCGGCCCGGCCCCGAGCCCGCCGCCCGCGGGGUGACCGGGGUGCCGCCGCCCCGCUCCCCGCGGGGCCCGUGGGCAGUGGGGGCCGUGCCAGCGCCCGCAUGGGCCUGGCUGAGCCAUGGCCGCCCUGUACCAGAGCGCGGACCCGUCCGCCUCGGCCUCGCCCAACAAGCUGCUGGCGCUGAAGGACGUGCGGCAGGUGAAGGAGGAGACCACGCUGGACGAGAAGCUUUUUCUGCUGGCCUGCGACAAAGGUGACUAUUACAUGGUUAAGAAACUCUUAGAGGAAAACAGCUCGGGGGAAAUGAACAUAAAUUGUGUGGAUGUGCUUGGACGAAAUGCUGUUACCAUAACCAUUGAAAAUGAAAACUUGGACAUUCUACAGCUCCUUCUGGAUUAUGGCUGCCAGUCAUCGGAUGCGCUUUUGGUGGCUAUUGACUCGGAAGUGGUGGGAGCUGUGGACAUUCUCCUGAAUCACCGGCCCAAAAGAUCCUCCAGACCAACCAUUGUGAAAUUAAUGGAACGCAUUCAGAACCCGGAGUACUCAACGACCAUGGACGUGGCACCAGUCAUUUUAGCUGCUCAUCGGAACAACUAUGAAAUUCUCACCAUGCUGCUAAAGCAGGACAUAUCCUUGCCCAAACCACAUGCUGUAGGCUGUGAAUGCACCCUGUGUACUGCCAAGAACAAAAAGGACAGUCUGCGACAUUCCAGGUUUCGCCUUGACAUUUAUCGGUGCUUGGCCAGUCCUGCUUUAAUAAUGUUGACAGAGGAGGAUCCAAUCCUACGAGCUUUUGAACUUAGUGCAGACUUGAAAGAAUUAAGCCUUGUUGAGGUUGAAUUCAGAUUUCUACCGUUUUGUAACUUACCAGCACAAAAGCUUUCCAAGAAUGUCAAAGCAAGUGUUUGUAUGAGGAAUGAUUAUGAGGAGCUCGCUCAGCAGUGCAAAACCUUUGCUAAAGAUCUGCUUGCACAGGCACGGAAUUCCCGGGAGCUGGAGGUGAUCCUGAAUCACACAUCCAGCGACGAGCACGUAGACAAGCGAGGAUUGUUGGAAGAGAGGAUGAACCUAAGCCGCUUAAAACUUGCGAUCAAGUAUAAUCAAAAAGAGUUUGUUGCGCAGUCAAACUGCCAGCAGUUCCUGAACACGGUGUGGUUCGGGCAGAUGGCCGGCUAUCGCCGCAAGCACACCUGCAAGAAGAUCCUGACUGUUCUGAUGGUUGGCAUUUUCUGGCCAGUUCUGUCCCUGUGUUACUUGUUAGCUCCUAAAUCUCGAGUUGGUCGAAUGAUUCACACUCCUUUUAUGAAGUUUAUUAUUCAUGGAGCUUCAUAUUUCACAUUUCUCUUAUUACUCAAUUUGUACUCCCUUGUCUACAAUGAGAAUAAGAAGAAUACAAUGGGACCAGCCCUCGAGAGAAUAGACUAUCUUCUGAUAAUCUGGCUAAUUGGAAUGGUGUGGUCGGAUGUGAAGAGACUCUGGUACGAGGGCUUAGAAGAUUUUUUAGAAGAAUCCCGUAACCAGCUUAGUUUUGUCAUGAAUUCCCUGUAUUUGGCAACGUUUGCCCUCAAAGUGGUUGCCCAUAACAAGUUCCAUGACUAUGCUGAAAGGAAGGACUGGGAUGCAUUCCAUCCUACCCUGGUGGCAGAAGGGCUCUUUGCCUUUGCUAAUGUUCUGAGUUACCUGCGUCUCUUCUUCAUGUACACAACCAGCUCUAUCCUGGGGCCGCUCCAGAUUUCAAUGGGGCAGAUGCUGCAAGAUUUUGGAAAAUUCCUGGGCAUGUUUCUUCUUGUCUUGUUCUCAUUCACAAUUGGAUUGACACAACUGUAUGAUAAAGGAUUCACUGUAAAUGAAGAAAAGGACUGUGCUGGGAUUUUCUGUGAGCAGCAGAGCAAUGACACGUUUCAUUCGUUCAUUGGCACGUGCUUUGCUCUCUUCUGGUACAUCUUCUCCCUGGCACACGUGGCCAUCUUCGUCACACGUUUCAGCUAUGGGGAGGAGCUGCAGUCCUUCGUGGGGGCUGUUAUUGUUGGUACCUACAACGUGGUGGUGGUGAUAGUAUUAACUAAACUCCUUGUGGCAAUGCUUCAUAAAAGUUUUCAGCUGAUAGCAAAUCACGAAGACAAGGAGUGGAAGUUUGCUCGUGCCAAGCUCUGGCUCAGCUACUUUGAUGACAAGUGCACACUCCCCCCACCUUUCAACGUCAUCCCCUCUCCCAAGACCAUCUGUUACCUCUUCAACAGUCUCAGUAAAUGGAUCUGCUCUCAUACGUCGAGUGGCAGAGUGAAACGUCAGAACAGCCUGAAGGAAUGGAGAAAUCUGAAGCAAAAGAGAGAUGAGAAUUACCAGAAGGUGAUGUGCUGCUUAGUCCACCGUUACUUGACCUCCAUGAGGCAGAAGAUGCAAAGCACAGAUCAGGCAACUGUGGAAAACCUCAACGAGCUGCGGCAAGACCUGUCCAAAUUCCGCAACGAGAUGAGAGACCUGCUGGGCUUCCGAACGUCCAAAUACGCCAUGUUUUACCCCAGGAACUGAGGCCUGGCUUUGGGCAGCAAGGGUGUGCUCGCAGGUAACUGGAGGUGAAAGUGUUGCCCUCAUUCUGUUUCCAGGUCAUGUCAACGAGGCAUUGCACAAAAGUGCAUUCCAGAAUGCGUUUGCAUGAGUGGCAGCUGCAGCCGAGGGCUUGGAAUAAAUGCAGACCCAGAUACAGACAUCUUCUUAGGCUUUUGGUGUGUAUAUCAAAUCUGUAUAUAGGAGUUUUUUAAGUGUUCCUCAGAGCGUGGCUGUCAGGUGUCAGAGCUUCAGAAGUAGCACAACGCGUUUCUUGCUUCUAUUUUUGCUGCUUGUUCUUUUUUGAUACUUGCUUUUCAAGUGGUGGGGGAAGAUAGGCUUUUUAAAACAAAACUCCAGCCUAGGUUUAUUUUUUAAUAGAAAAGUCAGAUAUAGAAUAAUAGAAAAUUUCCAGCACAGUUGGAAAUUAUGUUUGACUGUAGGUUACAGUGCAUGGGAAGACUGUUUGGCUCUGAAAGAGGCAGUUCUAGUUUUGUAUGUUAAUGUUGACUGUAAACUAACAUUUAUAGAAUACAGCACAUUAAAUCACCAAGACUCUUCCCUUUCAUGGGAACAUUGACAUUUUGAACACAAAGUAGACCAACUAUUUCUUGAAUGUUUAUGAUUAUGUGUAAGACAAUCAGUCCCUGCUUGGAUUUUUCAGCAGUGCCUCAGUAGUACAUUUUAAUAUAUGUGCCAAGACUGGGAACAGAAUUUCACCACUAACCGGUGCAUGAAUAAUGUUUGAUGUCUUGGGGUUUUAAAAUCUGGAUAAUAAAUUACUUGCAUUAUUAAACCUUGUGAUUUAAUGGAAGUGAGGUGGAGCACGAGUGCUGUUUGCAGUGCUGAACAAUUCCUGUGAAACCUUCUACCCUUGUUUCUGUGAGGUCAUCAGGUCUGGUCAUUGGAGAGAUGUACUUUAGAAUGGUCUGCUUAACACAGGUUUUACAUAUCCUACUUUUAAACUUUUUCUUCUUUUUUCCUGUUUUUUACCACAGCUGUUGCCAAGCUAGACUUUAGUUUGUGUCAGGAAUACUAUGUUUUGUGAAAACACGUGAUCUGACUUUGCUUACAAUGGACAGUAAGGGCUUUGUGGAUUUUCUGUGCUAGAGGGUCCUUUAUAUGCUUAUAUAUAUUAUUCAAGCUGACAAAUUGUACUUGAGUAAUGUGAGAUUCCUGUAUUUUUAAGUACCAUAUAUUUAUGACAGCUGAAGGGUUGAUUGACAGUGUUGUUGUUAUGAUGGUGCUGUUCUAAAAUGGUUGUGUGUGCAGAAGGCACAGGCAGCCAGAGUGGUCUUGGGCCACAGGAGAUCUGGGGAGAUUGAUGGAGUGGAGUGGAGGCUCCCACGAAUGUUUACUUUUUUGAAGGAAUUCUUAUAAAACUCUUUCUUGUGAAGGUAAUAUAUUUUCUGUACUAUGACAUUAUGUAUUUCUGAACGAGGUUUUAAUACUCUGCUUCCAGAGGUGUUAUGGUCUGGAGGGAUUCUGGUACGGGAUUUCAUGAGAAUAGGAGGUUACCAUGAUAAAAACCAUGUGCUGUGUGUGUUACAUGGAUUCAAAAAAGGAAGCAGACAAAUAAAAGCUCUUUGAAAAA